GCCCCAGUGCCAUCCCCAUCCCCAUCACCAUGCAGAGCCUGGUGUUCCUGUGCGCCCGCCGCCUGCUCAGCCACCGGCCCAGCGCCCGCCGCGCGCUGCCGGUGCUGCCCUCCGAGCUCUAUCCCGUCCUCUUCCGAGCGGCAUUCCUGGACAACCGCGUCCUGGCCCUGCAGGACCUGGUCGUAUCCUGGCCCUUCCCGGUGCUCAGCCUCCCGUGCCUGCUGGGCCGCUGCGGGCACGAGCAGCACCGCGGUCACCGCGCGGUGCCGGCAUGCAGGGUCUGCAUCCAGGCACUCAUCGCUGCUGUCAUGGCCCAUGUGGGGCCACAGCAGCCUCCCAGCGCCAGGCCGUGCCAGCUCCGCCUCUUGGACCUCACCGGCCUCCAGGACGACGCUCCCGGCCCCGACCGCGCUCCGGAAGGGAUGAGCCUUUGGUCCGGCACCGCGGCCUUAGCCAAAGCCUGCCUGGAGGCCUCCCGGCGCCAGGCCGAGCACCGGCAGCGCCAUUCCAAGCGUCGCCGCGGUCCUUCGGGAUGCUCCUCCCUGCCUCGUGCCAUCACCGUGGAGAUCCGCGCCGACCUCUUCGUCAACGGCACCUCCUUCGGCAUCCUCCGGGACGCUCUCCGUGCCACCGGCUGCCCGCUCCGGCUCCGGUGCCGCGACCUCCACGCCGAGGAGCUGUCGGCCGGCGCCAUCGUGGCGCUCCUGGAAUGCCUGGAUCCCGGCGGCGUGCGCCGCGUGGAUCUGCGCUUCAACAACCUGGGCUUGGCCGGGCUGUGCCUGGUGGUGCCGGAGCUGAGCCGGUUCCCGGAGCUGCUCAGCCUUAAGCUGCCCUAUAGCAAUGUGGAUGCCCGGCGCCAGGCGGCCGGAGCCGACGCCGGAUUCCGGCGCCUCGCCACGCACCUCGGGAAGCUGCGCGCGCUCCGGGAGCUCAACCUGGGAUCAUCCAGGCUCUCCGGGAAGAUGAGGCAGCUGCUGAGGAACCUGGAAUCUCCUCUGGAAAGCCUGGAAUUGGCCUUCUGCUACCUCCUUCCCGGCGACCUCACCUUCCUCUCCCAGAGCAUCCACGCUCCAGCCCUCAAGAAGCUGGACCUGAGCGGCCACCCCUUCACCGAGAGCCUUCUCCAGCCCCUCUGCUCCCUCUUGGAGAGCUCCCCCUCCCUCAUCCACCUGGAUCUCAUGGAAUGCCAGCUCACGGACCCCCGCUUGGAAGCCCUUCUCCCUUCUCUCUGCCGCUGCUCCCGGCUCCGCUGCUUGGGCCUCUUUGGCAACCCCUUGUCCACGCCGGGCCUCAAGACCUUGCUGCGCCAAACCGCGGUGCUGCGGGACCUGUGCCUCGUGGUCUACCCGUACCCGGUGGACUGCUACAACCGGGAACCACCGCAGGCACCGGUGGCUUCCUCUGGCAUCCUUCAGGACACGCUGGAUGAGGAGCGUUUCACUGCUGUCAGUGCCGAGCUCUGCCGGAUGCUGGUGAGCUCCGGCAGGGAUAACGCCAUGUGGACUGCCAGUCUCUGCCGUCACGGCACCCUCGACUACUUUGCCUUGUGAGGGUUUGGCCAGGAGGUGAUGCUGGGUCUGAGAUUGGGGAUGGUUCCUCCUGGUUUGGGAGACCCUUUGGUUGGUUUUGGUGGCGCCAGGAGGUUCCUCCUGGUUUUGGUGCCGCGUUGGCACCUUCUCCCUAAGGUUUUCUGCUUGUUUUUGCAUCUAAGGGAGGUUCCUCCUCGUUUUGGUGCCAUUUUGGCACCUUCUUCCUAAGGUUUUCCCCUUGUUUUGGUGGGUUUUGGCAUCUAAUGGAGGUUUCUCCUCAUUUUGGUGCCACUUUGGCACCUUUUCCCUAAGGUUUUAUUCUCAUUUUGGUGUUUUUGGCACCUACUUGAGUUUCCUCCUGGUUUUGGUGCCAUUUUGGCACCUUCUCCCUAAGGUUUUCAACUUGUUUUGGUGUUUUUUGGCACCUACUUGAGGUAUCUUCUCAUUUUGGUGCCUUUUUGGCACCUUCUCCCUAAGGUUUUCAACUCGUUUUGGUGUUUUUUGGCAUCUAAUGGAGGUUUCUCCUUGUUUUAGUGCCGUGUUGGCACCUUUUCCUUAAGGUUUUCAGCUUGUUUUGGUGUUUUUUGGCAUCUAAUAGAGGUUUCUCCUCGUUUUGGUGCUACUUUGGCACCUUCUCCCUAUGGUUUUCUCCUCCUGUUGGUGUUUUUUGGCACCUACUUGAGGUUCCUCCUGGUUUUGGUGCCUCUUUGGCACCUUCUCCCCAAGUUUUCCCCCUUACUUUGGUUUUUUUUGGCAUUACUUGAGGUUUCUCCUCAUUUUGAUGCCACUUUGGCACCUUCUCCCUAUGGUUUUCUUCUCAUUUUGGUGUUUUUGGCACCUACUUGAGGUUCCUCCUGGUUUUGGUGCCUUUUUGGCACCUUCUUCCUAAGGGUUUCCCCUUGUUUUGGUGUUUUUUGGCAUCUAUUUGAGGAUUCUCCUUGUUUUGGUGCCACUUUGGCACUUUCUCCCUAAGGUUUUCCCUUUGUUUUGGUGUUUUUUGGCAUUACUUGAGGUUUUUCCUCAUUUUGGUGCCUUUUUGGCACCUUCUCCCUAACGUUUUAUCCACGUUUUGGUGUUUUUUGGCAUCUAUUUGAGGUUUCUCCUCAUUUUGGUGCCACUUUGGCACCUUUUCCCUAAGGUUUUCCCCUUUUUUUGGUCUUUUUUUGGCAUCUAUUUGAGGAUUCUCCUUGUUUUGGUGCCACUUUGGCACCUUCUCCGUAAGUUUCCCCCCUUGUUUUGGAGCUUUUUUGGCAUCUAAUGGAGGUUUUCCCCUUGUUUUUGGAGCUCUUUUGCACUUACUCCCCGCUCCUCCCACCUCCUCCACCACCGCAUCCCUAUUCCCAACAUUCCAUCUCCAACAUUCCUCAUUAUCCACGUUCAUUCAGCCAAGGAAUUCCUUAAUAAAUCCUGUUGUUUUGGAAGGGCUCAUGGCAAAGAA